AUGGACUCGACAUCGUCCUCUCUGAGCAAACUCCCUGCAGAACUGCGACACCAGAUCUGGCGCCUCGCUGCAAACCCUACGACGGCCGGAGUCCGCGUUCUGGCCGUGACGUGCGAGCUCAAAGACGAGGUCGCCGGCGGGCCGUGUCGUUUCAUUACCGACGCGGAUUUUGGCAUGGACAUGCUGGCCCAGCCUGGCGGCUCGGACGCAUUCCCCUUUAGUCUUUCGGUCCCCGACACAACGCGCGACGACGACACGACACGAAGCAACCCAGUGAGGCUGAGCUCGUUCCGCAGCUUGUUCUGCAGUAUCAACAGCAGCGUCCGCGGAGUUUGCAGAGAGGCAAGGGCCCUUAUUGACGCUGCACGCCCCGCCGAUACCGUCACGCUUACGGUUCGUCGGCGACGUGAAACUCGCCAUCUUAGCUUCUCCCCCGCUAACGAUUUGUUCGUACUCAGCGCAAAUCUUUUUAGAGCCUCGAGGGGCUGGUUGUUUGACGAAAGCAUCCCUGCGCGGCUGGCGACCGUCGGCGACAAGGUGCUUCGACACAUCGGCGUCACGUACGUUGAGCCAGGCGCGAGCUGCAACCCAGACGAUCGCAGAGAGGCAAGACAGUGUCUCUUCAUGUGGACUUUGAUCCGAAAGAUGCUGCAAUUCGGCAUGGAGGCCAAUUCCGGCUCGGCGGAGAUGCAUCUCUGGUUCAUUGACCACGGACUACGCCGAAGUGGACGCACUUACUCGCAAAUUGUCCAUGACGUACUCUACCCGACCAAGCGUCACGUCUUUGAAGUGGACGGUCGCCGUUUUAUCGAAGUCGCUUCAAACGAUCGGGAGUGGACGGCACGAUUUAAGUGCACGUUCAAGGACAGGGCAUGUCCCUCCAGGUGA